AUGAACACUCAGCAGAUGGAGCAGAUGGGCCAGUUCAAGAUCACAGUCUGGGAGGAGGAGAACUUCCAGGGAAAGCGCUGUGAGUUCAUGCUGGAGUGCCAGAACAUCAUGGAGAGGGGCUUCAACAAGAUCCGCUCCAUCAAGGUUGAGAAUGGACCUUGGGUGGGUUAUGAGUACCCAGAGUUCCAGGGACAGCAGUUUAUCCUGGAGAAGGGAGACUACCCUCGCUACGAGGCCUGGAGCGGAAACAGCAGCUACAGAACCGAGCACAUGCUCUCCUUCAGACCCAUCAAGUGCGCUAACCACAGUGACAGCAAGGUGACCCUUUAUGAGUGUGAGGACUUCCAGGGCCGUAAGUUUGAGAUGUGCGAUGACUACCCUUCCCUACAGGCCAUGGGCUGGUGCAGCAAGGAGGUACCCUCUAUCAAAGUCAACUCUGGAGCCUGGGUGGCCUACCAGUUCCCUGGUUACCGUGGCUACCAGUACAUCCUGGAGAGAGACAGACACCAAGGCGAAUACAGAAACUACAAUGAGUACAGCACCCAGGCUCACACCAACCAGGUGCAGUCCAUUCGUAGGAUUCAGCACUAAGCCUUCAUUCCGCAAGCCUGACCCAACCUGAAAAAAAAAAAAAAAAAACUCUCCCAGAACCCCUUCCUCAACUUGAACCCCGGACAGACCACUGUCACAGAACAGUAGAUGGACAAACGCAGUACCUACUUCUACUACCAUGCUAAAGCAUGUUCUUGAAAUAGGAAAUAAAGGCUUUUCUUCAAAACUAGUGGCUGUUUGUUGGUAUUCUUUUUUU